AUGUCCUCGCAACAAAACUCACCUCCUCCGGCCUCGGGCUCCAGCUCUGAGCUCAUCCCACGCAACACUCUUCUCGGUCUGCCGGAAGAGCUUCAAGAUCUCAUCGCUAAAGCAAUCAGCGAAGACAGCGACGUAAUCGUCGACACGUUGUGUAAGCUGACACUGGUCUGCGAGCAGAUGCAUCGGAUUGCCCGUCCGUAUGUCCUCCGCGCCACAAGCUAUAGGGCGUUUCGGCGGGCUAUUGAGUCGGCCUGCCUUCCGAUAAUGCGUCUCUGUGGUGAGUGCCGCGCAGCCCCAGUCGAGAUGAGCUGGCCUGUAAGACCGUCGUGGAGGGAGUAUCGACCGAUCGAUGCUCUACUCCUCAACUUGGACGAGCGGCAUGAUAGUCCGCGAAGCGAACAGUUGCAGAACAAAAUUCGAACGAGUGUCUAUGAAGCUCUUGAGUGGCUCCUUGAGAAGGGUGCCAGCGGAGAAGCAAAUCUGGUAAGUGAAUCCCUUAACGGGUUUCGAUAUCUACGGCUGGAUAUGGGUCUUGGACACAUGCCCACGAGACUCCUGAAGCAACUCCAACUUGACAUUGGUAGACCUGGAGUUGAAAUGUAUCUCAAGAUGAUUGAGCUGUUGAGCAGUUAUGGCUUUCCGAACCCAACUCGAUCCAACGCCCUCGACGGCGUGGUGGCCACCGACAAGUUACCUUUCUACCAUCCGGCGUGUGACUGGGCGGACGCGCAGCCAUACCCUUUUGUCAACGGUGCGAUAGCAGACACGUAUUUCACGGAAUACCCACUAGACCUGGCGCUCAAGUCGCAUAUUCCGCCUCGUCUUCUGGAGUUGAUGUUGAAGGAGUAUGCCUGUCGAGGCGUCAGUCUGCUCACAUUUUACAAAGAGUGUCCGGAAGGUCUCAAGAAGACCUGUAAGGGAAAGAGGCCUCGUAUAGAUGAUGACUGGGUGGGUGUAAGUUCCGUUGGCACUCUUAUCGGAACGCUCCAUGCUGAUUUGCACAGCACGUCGGUGACCCGUUGGAGAGCAUCGUAUCCUGGAGAAGUCGCUGACAUUUUCCGGCAGAAGCUCGACAUCAUGGUCAAGUACGAGAUGAUUGACGUGCUUGAGGAGCUUCUGCUCAAGAGUAUUCUUGGAGCUCUGGAUUUAAUCACAGCGCAAAUCACUGCAGCAGGACGUGUAGUGCCUAUGCAGUUCAUGCGCUCGUGGGUGACGCUAUGCGAGGCAGUUCGACCCCAUUGCGCCGACGAGUAUGAGUUUCUAUACGAUAUAAAACGCACAAUUGUUCGCAAUGGACCUGGACGCGUCCAUGAGUUCGUUAUUGAUACCGAGUGGAAUCCAUGGUACAUGUGGUUCAUGUGGUCUGAUGCAUGCAGACGUCGUGACCUGACAAUAUGGAACAUCGGUAGGGCCGAAUUCCACAAGAAUAGAAGGUAUUUCUGGCAGAAGCAUCACGGGUACGAGAUCGAGUAUAUACUCGGGUACUUUGACCGUGAUCAGGUCCAGCCUUGGUACGAGGUUGAUGUGGUCGAGUGGUGUCAGCAAAUGCUGGGAACUUUUACUGAGGACGGGGUUCCUGACGACUUGAAGUAUGAUUUUCGCACCUGGUGUGAGUUCAUGGAAGGGGAACUUGACGAAGAGUCAAUUCCCUUCGAAUGGUGGAGCCAGUUCACGAGAGCGUGA